GCGUGCUCAUCUCCCUUAGAAGCCACUUGCUUGUAAUUCAUGCCAAAUCACCGGUACACGUUUCAUAUUUUCUCUCGCUCUUUGGAUAAGUGAUUUAAAGAAAAAAGAAAAUGUGGUUCUCCCCUAAGAUAAUCACUAUUUUAUCAGUGACUAUAACUUUUUCCUUUACUAAUGCCAUUGUCGUGAGACAAGAGAAUUCAUUGUACGGACCAUUCGAAGCCGGAGCACCAAAUGUAGCUCAUUGGGAUUUAACAGGAUCUGCUGAAUUGGCUCAAACCUUCGUUCGUCUCACCCCUGAUGAAACAGGAAAACAAGGAAGCGUUUGGAAUACUUACCCAGUUCUGCAGCAUGAUUGGGAACUUCAUAUGCAGUUUCACAUUCAUGGCAAAAAUGUAAAACAUGGUCAAGGAAAUGGAUUGGCCAUUUGGUACACAAGAGACAUAUUACAAGGAGGUCCCGUGUUUGGCAAUAUGGAUCAUUUCAGCGGAUUGGGAAUAUUUAUUGACAAUACAGAUGAUUACCUCAGACCACACAACCACAGACAUCCUUACAUAUCGGCCAUGGUAAACAAUGGAAGCCAGCCCUAUGAACAUAAUGAAGAUGGCACUGUACACCAGGUUGGGGGUUGUCACGCCCCCACCAGAAAUCUCGAAUGGCCCACUAAAAUAGCCGUCUCAUACAUCAACUCAAUCCUCACGGUUUUCCUUGACGUAGAAGGCAAGGAACAAUGGAUUCAGUGCUUCAGAACAGAAGGAAUCUAUCUUCCUACACACUACUUUUUUGGUGUCAGUGCUGGUACAGGAGAAGCAACAUCCGAUAAUCAUGAUAUAGUGUACAUAACAGGUCUCGACAUGAAUCAACCGGAAGUGCAAUGGGAAGACAGAAGCUUCAUCAUACCAUUCGCAGAGAACGUAUUAGUACACCCAAAGCAAUCUGAAGUGAAAGAAACCGUUGAGCAAUUACAACAUGUUGAAGAGCAACAGGAAAAACUGGAAACGAAAAGGGAAGUAAAGAGAGAAGCACCCACAACUGAAAAACAGAAAGAAGCUGAUAAGACUCCGACACACAGAGCAAACAUCGUAGUGAAGGGCAUUUAUGUAAUAGGAAUAAUCAUCAUUUUUUAUGUUGGAUACACGUUAUUCAAACAGUAUAGAGCUCGCAGACAAGAGAGAAUUCAGAAAAGACUCUUUUAGUGUAGGAUAAUAAAUAUUUAAAAAAAAUAAUAAACUUUAGUUUUAUAAACUA